AUGUCUAGUCCAGGAGGCCAGGACCUCCUUGCAGCACAGCCUCUUGAUGAGAACGAAGUGGAUGACGAUGACUCGGCGCUAGGGCAAGACUUUGCAAGCUCUACUGCUUCCCUCACCUCCAGUAUUCUCGAAUACCGAAAGUUUCAGGGUCGGACUUUUAAUAGUGACAAGUACGAGACUGAAUAUUUCGCACCAAAUGAUGAGAGGCAGAAGGAAUCCAUUGACAUCUCGCAUCACUACUUUAUGUUACUUCUCGACGGCAAGCUUUCGCUUGUCCCUUCGCCAGAUGAAUUGAAAAAGGUACUUGACAUCGGAACCGGGACCGGUAUAUGGGCAAUCGACUUUGCCGACCAAUAUCCCAACGCCGAGGUCAUUGGAACAGACCUUUCCCCAAUUCAGCCAGAUUGGGUACCACCAAAUGUCCGAUUCGAACUCGAGGACGCAACUAGUAACUGGACUUGGUCUAACGACACCUUUGACUUUGUUCAUAUGCGCUACUUGAUUGGCGCUAUUAUAGAUUGGGGCGCCUUAUUUAAAGAAGCAUUCCGCUGUUGCAAGCCUGGAGGCUUCGUCGAAUCUGUUGAGGUUAAUUCAACCUUCUUCAGUGACGAUGGGACAGCGAGCGAUGUGGCGGCAGUGCAGACAUGGAAUAAGCUUUUUAGAGGGGCGAGUAAAGCGUUUGGUCGUAGCUUUUGCGAGAUUGAGGGGGACGCGGAGCUUCUAGCUGCAGCUGGAUUUGUAGACCUGCAAGUUACCGACUUUAAGGUUCCUGUCGGCGGAUGGGCCAAGGACGCCAAGUUACGUCAAGUCGGCGAGUUUCUUCGCGCAACGAUGGAGAACGAUCUUGAAGGUAAUAGGCAGAUAGGCUGUUGGCAAGUGUAUGUCAAGCUCAUUGAAAACAGGCUGUUGCAGCAUUGUUUGCUCUACUUCAACAAGAUCUUCCGCAUUGUAACCCCCGAUGCAACAAAAGUGAAUUACCCAAAUCUUGAACCAGUAUCUGAUGGAGGAAAUGGUCUUUGCACUGCGGGGUUAAGAGAGCUGGCUCAGCCAUAUCCUGGACCUCCACUCCCCAGUCCAUCGCAUAUCCGCCUCAUCUGCCUACGCCCCGGAACAGAUGAAGGGAUUUAUUGCGAGCUAAUGGUCGUAUCCAUCGACUCCGCACCGAGCUAUGAGGCUUUAUCGUAUACCUGGGGCGAUCCCUCAAUUACAGAGACCAUCAACAUGACCACGCAAGGCUCCGAGACUAUGCAACAAUUCUCGGUAACUUCUAACUGCUUCUCUGCUCUAAAACGCCUUCGCUAUAAAGAUAGAACUCGGGUUCUAUGGAUAGACGCCUUGGCGAUUGACCAAUCUAAUGUCAACGAGAGAAAUCACCAAGUCAGUCUCAUGUCAAAGAUAUACUCUCAGGCUGCAGUUGUAGUCGUUUAUCUCGGCGACGCAGCAGGCAACAGCGACCUGGCCAUCGAGUUCAUCAUGGAGUGUUAUGAUCCGUCUCCCAAUACUACAUCGCUCAGUUUCCCAAAAUCAGACAUCUUGAUGCAAGCACUUCGAAAUCUCUUUCUGAGACCUUGGUUCACAAUGGUCUGGGUGAUUCAAGAAGUCUUUUUAUCAACUGAGAAGAUUAUAUACUGCGGAGACAAAGAACUAUGUUGGUCCGCCAUGGAGAACUUCAAGCAUUACCUCGUGAACACGAGAAUGCAAUUUCGACUGCCUUACGUGGUCUCAAUACCAAACCGACAUUGCGAAGAGGAGACCACGGAGAAACUACUGUUGAGAACUCUCCUUGAUUCCCGACACUGUCAAGCAAGUGAUCCGCGUGAUAAAGUCUACAGCCUACUACCGAUACUGCAGUCUUAUAUCAAGUCAUUGGACUUGGCACCGAAGUACCAGGACGGAUUAGACAAGAUCUACACGGAUUGUGCUGUGUCUCUGUUACCAAGUUGCGGCUGGAACGUUGUGUAUGCUGUACAGGGCCAAUCACUUGUAGAAAUCUUACCGUCUUGGGUUCCAGAUUGGAGCGUCACGCCUCAACGGUAUAUUAUCGGCACAGCUCCCUGGAUGGAAAUGAGCUAUUUUUGGAUAGACAAGGGACUCCCAGGGGUUCCAGACAAACCUCAAGUCAUGAUGCGUAACUCAAAUGACGGACAAAAGCUCGUCCUGCGGGGAUACGGAUAUCCUCGCGGAAGAAUUGUGAGAAUGGGAUCAACUUACAUCGCAGGUACAACUCCUUUCCCUGCUAAAGAGUGGUAUACCCUCGUGCAUAAGAUUGGCUCAUCAGCACCACCCAAUAACUCUGGAUCUAUCUUACCUAGCCAAAAGCCUCCUCACCUGAGAGACUCCUUCUUCCAGUUCCUUCGACUUGCCCGCUACUUGUACUCAUCAAGCAUGGAAGAUAAAGAAGAAGACCCUGUAAAUGAGCUGCCGGAACCAGAUUUCAUCAUAGGAGGUUCGCGAAUCUCUUAUCGAGAUUACAAGUUUGGAUCGAGGUGGGAACAUACAGUGAGGAAAUUGGCUGCUGAGAGGAAAGAUGGUGUGCUGCCGUUCAGGGACAUCCCCUUUCAUUAUGCGGCGGAGGGUUGGCCACCGAGUUAUGGCAAUACUAUUAGUGGGAACUUGGAGGCUUGUCAUCUGCGUCGGUGCUUUGUUACUGAUACUGGAUAUUUUGGACUUGCGCCUGCGGAAGCAGAGAUUGGAGAUCAAGUGUUUAUCUGUGUUGGGGCUUCGGUUCCGUUCGUGCUGAGAGAGAUUAGUAGUGGCGGUGAUGAACUUCACUUGGUUGGAGAGAGCUAUCUACAAGUUCGCGCAUGGGAAGAAAUGACCAACAACGAAAGUCAACCUGAACCUUUGUAUAUCGUAUAA